AUGGUUGUUAUGUGCACAGCAAAGUCAGUUUCUGUUGGAAGCUUAUUGUUCCUGAUCUUUUGGGCUGCUUUUACAAAUUGGUGUUAUAGAGAUCCCUUGCCUGGUCAGUUAUUGCGUAUGCAGACAGAAAUUCAAUUUCCAUUCAUAAAGUUGUACAGUGAUAGACAAUUGAUGCUGAAAAAUAUUGUAGUUUACAGCCUAACUGAAAAGCUAAAAGUUGGUUAUUCUUAGCGGGUUUUCUAGUGGAACGAAGAAUUUCAGUUGGAGAUAUUUCAGCAUUAACAAUAACCAUAGGAAAAGAAAUUACCAUCAAUGAUUAGAAUAAAUGAUGCUAAAUGAUGUUUAUUUUCAAGUUUAUUCCGAAAAAAUGUAAUUAACACAAAUUAAAAGUAAUUUAUGUAACUGUUAGAAUAUUUUUUUCUAAGUAUUUACAAGUAUGAGAAAAAAGUACACGAAAAAAGAUGAUAAGAGUAAAA